UUUAUUUGUGUUUUUAGAACUGGGAGUGUCUUAAACAAGGAGCAAUACCUAAUGAUGGACUGUGGCCUAAGGAGAGAUGUGCUCAUGCCAGUACUAUUAUCAAUGGUGUCUCUACCUCACCUACGCUAGUAGUGAUUGGUGGAGGGGAUAAUAGUAAUCAACCAGUGAAGGAUUGUUUGUUAUUAGACACAAACCAGUACAAUUGGAUGAAGAUUCCUCUACCUGAUACUGUUACUGGUAGAUAUACUCAUACUGUAUCAUCUUUUGUUCUUGAUCCUAAUCAUGUGUUCCUGAUAAUAGUGGGAGGUGUUGUAAAGGCUGAACAGAAACAUGUAGGGGGAGUAAUGAUAUCGAUUGGUACACCUGUUACUGAUCCUAAUAUCACAAUAGUAGUUGAACUAGUUUUUAAUGAUGGUCAAUGGUCAGUGGGUCCAGUAUUAGAUUCAUUUAAUAUUCCUUUAUUGUAUGAACUAAUACUAAAAGAAAGAAGAAAGGAAUUGAUUGGAAUGAAUGAAUACAUGACAGAUAAAGAGAAGGAGCUUCAAGUUAUCAAUGAGUUUUUACGUCAUGAUCUACAAGUGUCUAGAAUUAACAACCAAUCACUUCAGGAAGCACUUCUGGAGACUCAAUCACUAUCAA